UAAAAUUGUCAUGGCAACCACCACUUGAAGCCAAUUCAGAAAUACUCUACUACAUUGUCAGAGUUUGGUGAGUUUCUUUAUCUACUUAUCUCUGUCUCUUUGACUCUGUUUAAAAAACAGAACACAUUGCAAUAUAAAUGGGUGCUCUCUUUGUUAGGAACAAAACAACUGAGCUAUGGCAGAACGUCACAGAGACAUCAGUGGUUAUUAAUGUAGACUCUGAGAGUCGCUACAAUGCCUCUGUCUCGAGCUGGACAAGACUGGGAGAUGGAGGAGUACUGAUCUACAUCAGCUUUACCACCACCAAUGCAGAGCCAUUUGACCCCCCGCAGAAUGUGACUUUUGCAAAUGUGACCGCCUCCUCUGUCACCUUGCUGUGGCAUCCGCCUACUGAACCCAAUGGAAUUAUUGUACACUACACAAUUUACUACUCUCAUAACAACAGUGUGACUGAGCAGAGGGUUCCCAUUUCAGACUUACCUGCCCGUGCCUCUCCUGAUUCAGUCCUCUGCUACACUCUGACUCGGCUGACUGGGGGCACAAACUACACCUUGUGGAUGACCUCCAGCACUGUGCAAGGGGACGGAGGAGUCCGGAGCAAUCCAGUAGCCCUGUUCUUACCGGAGGAUGCUGCUCCACUCUCAGCCAAGCACCGGACCUCCAGGGCACCUUGUCUCUCCCGCACAGCCAUGCCCAGCAGGGGCUCACUCCCCUGGGCUCAGACCCCCACACACACCUGGCCCCUCAUACCCACUCAUUCAUCUUAUGGAUCUGUCGAGUUUAAUCUCCCCUUUCCCCUUCAUCUCCCCUUUUUUUCCCUACUCUGUGUACCAUGGGUUAUUUUCGGAGGGGCUGAGAUGAAGAACAGGAUGAGUAUUUUCUCUUUGAUCCCUUUCUUUCCCCAGGUUUUCAGUGGUUUCAAGUUUCCCUCCUAAACACCUCUGUAUAUCUCUGGAUGGCAUGUUAAUUUCAUAGAAUAUUAUUUGUGUGUCUGUUUACUGUACUGUUUUACUUUGCUGUGUGUCUCUGUUGCUAAAGUAAUGUCAUGCCGUAUUGUUCUACUUGAUGUGCUGUUUGUUAAUUACAACAAUGCUGCCAAUGAUUGUGACAGUGCUUGUGACAGAGAAUGAUAAUGAUGAUGAUGAUGAUGAUGAUGACUGGUGCGCUGUUCAUUUUCCCUCAGACAUCAGAGUGCGUAUGGUUGAUUGAUGCCCCAAUUUACUGCCUCGUAGUAUAAUACACUCACAUCAAGAGGCUCAGAGUUUUCAAGUUUUUUCACUGGUAGUUAAUAAUAGUCUAUUAUUAACACUAUUCUACUUGUCUACCUUUUCAG